AUGUCGGGCAAAACGAAAGAUGCCGAGUUGUUUCUGGCUGACAUCCCUGACGAGAAGUUGAAAAACUUCAGAGAAGGCGAGUACACAAUCGCCCGAGACUAUGAUCUAGGAUUACGCCUUGAUCAUCAAGGAAUGAACAAGGACAAGAACGAGGCGCCGCAUGUACAUCGGCUGUACAUACAACCUGUGGGUCGCGCAAAGGCCAGGUCGAAAAGAAGCGGGCAAGAACAGAGCAAUGCGGGCGUCAAAGCUCGAUGCCACGCUACUGACACGGCCAAGCCAGAGGAGAUCAGAGAAGCGCUCAUCGAGAGCUUUCGCGACGGUGACACGAAUGUCGGCUAUGCACCCCCGAAGUGA